GCUCACUCAGCCUCGCCACUUCCAGGGCAGCUUGACAACGCGCUCUCUACAAUGCUUCAUCCGUCGGGCCUGAACGAUGGCCUCCCGGCCGAUGUCUUGCAGGAAAUCUUUGCAAUCUUGGUAGGCGACUCCAAGACUCUCGCUCGCGCCGGGCUCGUCUCCCGCUCAUGGCGUGUCCUCUCGCUCCGCUUCUUGCUCAAGGAUGUCGACCUCAGCAGUCACAAUCUCGGUCGGCUUCCUGAGUACGAGGAACCGUCUUUCCCUCUUCAGCGCGGAAUUGUCAUGAGCGACUAUUCGGACGAAUACCGCCCUCGUAGCCUGGUGCCGCGUCAACGCGCCUUUCUUCAUCUCUUGACCGACCGCCCCGAGCUCGCCAUGCACGUCAAGGCCUUUACUUGGACUCUUGUUUGGAUGGAAUUUGAUGAAGAGGCCCUCAUUGACAUUGACUUACAGACCUGGGACGUCUUUGGUCGCAUGCAGAACGUCUCCCGACUGGACCUCGCGUCGCUCCACAACAUCAGCGACCAGCCGUACAUCCGCCAGAACCCUGCCAAACUCUUUCCAGGCGUUACUCAACUCCGCCUCGUUGGUUGGAUGCCCCGCGGAUUGGUCAAAGCCAUAGUGACCUCACUCGAUGCGAGCAAACUCUUCUGCGUCAAACUUGAUCACUUGCAAGAAGAAGGUGCUCUGCCCAACGGUGAACCGAUGCCGGAAGACUUGGCCAGUAGACACUUUCACGAGCCUGGCAAUCCGUAUGAGGACGAAGGCAUUGACAACAAGCUGUGGGAGCGCCAAGAGGGAGGCGAUGCAGGCAUCUUCCCAGGGCCUUCAUGGUUUCCCUUGCGCCUUCUCCGUCAACCAUGCCUGGCUCCACUGGCCCAUCUUCAUAUUAGACUGAGCCCUUUCACUGACAGGCUCGACCAACGCAACUACAUUACCAUGUUUCAGGAGACGGCUAUGUUCAUCCGAAGCGCGAAAGACACGUUGAAAACCAUCUCCAUCGGACUAGGAGAGAGUCCCACUCUCCACUGCGAAGACGAAGACCUGCUUAGCACGUGUGGCACAUCUCGGAUCCAACUCCACCAUGUGUACCGCCCCUUGUGUUUUGAUCUGACGUCGGCCUUCCUUCACCACUUGCUUGCAGCACUGACCGAAGAGCAAUUCCCACAUCUCACACGAGUCAACUUGGAGGGGUUUCGUAUCAUACGGAGCGGCACUUCACGACUGGCCAGGCCUCCGAAUCCGGACCUGACGUGGCAAUACAUUCGUGACUGUCCCUUUGUCGACGAAAGAUUUGUGGAGGCGGCCAACAUCGACUUCCGUCAGCCGUUCCUUGGCUACGAUUUUUAUCUCUUGAAUAUGGACCAGAACGAGCUGGAAGAAUUGGAAGAGAUUCUAGAGACUAGUUGAGGCAAGCUUUUUUGUCACGGAGUUAUAGUUUCUUUUGAUGUUUACUUCGAAGUCCCGGCAGGUGACUCGAUUGAUGAGUUCAUGGCCGUCACUUUGGGAAUAUGCACCUGUUUAAUGUCGUACAUGCUGAAUAAAGAAGGCCCUAAAGAUGGUCUG